AUGUCAGCUUUUGGUCGUUUCCUGGCGGCUACGUCAUCGACGUUGCCACGACAAUGUUUGACUGGCGGCGUCCUGUUUGCAACUGGGGAUACAAUUGCUCAACAGUUGGUGGAAAAACGUCGUUCUGCCCAUGACAUUCCUCGCACCUUCCGCCUAGCGUUAUACGGAGGUUGUAUAUUCUCGCCACUCGCCUCAAUGUGGUUUGGAAAAGUUCUGGAACGAGUGCAAUUUGGUUGGAAACCAGCAAAUAUCGUAACAAAAGUCGCAUUGGAUCAAGGAAUCGCUUCACCUGCUUUCGUAGCAAUGUUCUUUUCAGUAACUUCCCUGAUGCAAGGAAAGACAGUGGAACAAGCAAAACUCAAGGUGAAACAUAAUUGGUGGUCAACUCUUAAAACAGCUUGGGCUUUGUGGAUUCCAGUGCAAGCGAUCAACAUGGCUUUGGUUCCGGUAAAUGGCAGAUUGUUGUUCGUUAAUGUCGUCAGUAUCUUUUGGAAUACAUUCUUGAGUAUCAAAAGUGCUGGAGGCGGGAAUAAGGUGAAACAAGAGGCUGGCAGAGUGGUCGAGUUGGUAGAGACUAAGGUGGAGAAACUUCACUAA